AUGGGCUUGUUCCUGUUCGGCUUGGCCAUGGGCAUCGCGAUCAGCCUUGCGGCGUCAUCCCGAAAAGUCGAAAAGCAAGGCCCAGAAGUAUCCAUGAGCGGGAAAGAGCUCAAAGAGCUUCUCGAAGAUACCGUGUGUGGCGAGAUCCAGAGGCAACUGGCGGUGCGCGAGAACUACACGAACGAACGGAAAAAGAAGACGAAAGAAGAAGCAAACAUGUUGUAG